UGCAUUGCCUGCAGAUACGUCCUGUUGUCUUGGGCGCUGUUCGAGCUAGCAGAGACAUCGCGGCUUUUUCUUUUCUUAAGACAAGCAUGGCAAAGGAUUACACGACUCCAAGCGAACACCCAGCAUCGGGGGGAUCAAAGAGAUGGAAGCUUGUUUCUGCUGGACUUUUAUUGCUUUCCUUGGUUUUUCUGAUCGUGAUAAUAGUUCUUGGGGUCAAACUCAAUUCAAAGCCCGCAGAAGCCUCCUCGGGCAGCGUAAAAGAGACAAAAAGCUGCCGACGCGAAUCUCCUGGAAUAAAACUUACAAGAAAAUCGUCUGGAAUUUUCGAGGAUCUGAGGAGAGAUGAGAUCAAGAGGGUGCGGGAUUACAUGCUAGCUCAAAAGACUCUUGACCUUACUCCGUACGAGAAAGCAACAGUGGCCGAUAACUACAUUUACUUCAUCAAGCUUUAUUUGCCCAACAAAGCGGACGUGCUACGCUAUCUUGAUGAGAAUGGGCCCAAGCCGGAGAGAAACGCUCAGGUAUCGCUUUUUAUGGGUAAAGAAAAUAAAGUAAGAGAAUUCAUAGUAGGACCUGUCUCAAGCCCCUCGCGACACAACGAGCACAGGGUACCCGGGCAGAGGUACCCUAUCCCGUUUAACGCUCGACCAUUUGAUGACAUCAUUGAGCUUGCCGCGGUGCAGAAGCUGGUGCAUAGGGUGACGUCAUUGUUGCGCGCGCUUUUUCUCGAGAGCUACGACGGAUACACCAAUGAUGAUUGUGGUGAGAAGUGUUUAACAAUAAUAUACUCCGUGCCUAUGGGGACGACGAGCGAGACCAGGGUUAAUUGGUUUUGGUUCACCCGAACCGUGCCAGGACACUAUGAAUUCCCGAUUGACUUUGAGUUGUAUAUACAGCACGAAGGCUCAAAUGUAUCAAACUGGAACGUCGAGAAGAUCGUUUACAAUGACCAGAAGUUCGAUUCAGCUGAAGACCUCCUUAACGCAUACAAAAGUGACAGUCUCAAUAAAUCCUUCUUUGCAGCUCCGAUAGGAGAAAGCAAAGAUUUUGCUUCGUACAAAAGACGAGGCAAGCCCAAACCCCAAGUCCCGUUACGAGGCCCCGAACAGUACCAGCCAGAUGGUCAGCGGUAUGCCGUGGAUGACAGGCGCAUUGAGUACAUGGGUUGGGAGUUCGAGUUUGGAAAUGACCCCUCGUAUGGUCUUGCCGCGUAUGAUAUCAGGUUCAACGGAGAAAGAGUCGUGUAUGAAUUAAGUCUACAGGAGGCGGUUGCGACCUAUGGGGGGUACUUCCCCUCACAGACUAGCAUGAAUUUCCUGGAUGCGAGCUGGCGCUUGGGGCGAAGUAGUUAUGAAUUGGUGCGUGGUGUUGACUGCCCUGGACACGCAACCUUUUUUGACCUGACGAACUUUAUCGGUACAGGAGAAGAGGAGACGAUGCGUAACGCGGUCUGUGUGUUCGAGUUAAAUACAGGCAUUCCUCUUCGCCGUCACUAUGACAACGAUUUCGCGGGCAGCUACAAGUUCUACGGUGGGAUGGUGAACACUGCCCUGGUCAUGCGCACUGUCUCCACCGUCUACAACUAUGACUACAUUUGGGAUCUCAUCUUCUACCAGAAUGGGGUGAUCGAGGUGAAAAUAUCAGCAUCCGGAUACGUCAUGGGUAGCCUUUAUACGGAUGAGGUUAAAAACUACGCUUAUAAACUAUACAAGCAGUUAACCAGUGCAACACACGAUCACCUGCUCAAUAUCAAAGUUGACCUAGAUGUUGCUGGGAUAAAAAACUCCUACGAGACCAUCGAGAUCGGCAUCGAAAAUGUCACAAGCAAAUGGGAGGACAACCAGCGUCGCGUGCGUAAAGUCCUCAAACGAUCCACCAAGAGUACAGAGAAAGACGCUCUUUACAAGUUUGAUUUCGACCACCCGAAGUAUCUCAACUUCUAUAGCGAGAAGGAAAAUAGAAACGGAGUGAAAAGAGGCUAUCGCAUUCAGCAUGCUGGGAUAAUGAAGCAAUUGUACCCGGAGGAUUGGAUGAUCGUACCGAUGGUUAGCUGGUCUCUUUAUCAGCUUGCGGUUACGAGGUACAAUGAAAGCGAGAGACGUAGCUCUUCCAUCUACAACCAGAACUCACCCACAGACACUCAAGUCGACUUCCGAAACUUUGUCAGCGACGAAAGCAUUGUCAAUCAAGACCUGGUUGCCUGGGUAACCAUGGGCAUGAUUCACGUGCCUCAUUCCGAAGAUCUUCCGAAUACCGGCACCGUAGGAAGCUCGGCUAGUUUCUUCAUCCGACCGUUUAACUACUUUGACGAAGACCCAUCGAUUGCUUCUUCAGAUGCAAUCCUCAUUACGCCUUCAGACAAAGAAGCCAGCGGUCAGAAAAUUGACAGGUUUGGAACUCCUGAAGGCCCCGUAUGUGUGCCCGCGGAAUACAGCAUAAAUUUCAGCGGUCGCUAUGCCAAGGAAGACUGAGGGCUGUGUUUAUGAACUGUUACAUUUUCUUUCUCAUUUCGUUAAUCUUAAAUCUUUAAAAGAUUUAAAAAGAACGCGCGAUAUAAAAGCGCUAUGGCAACACAAAACCUCUGGUGAGGGAUAGUUUUGUUAUUUUUUAUUUGUUAUUGUAGGUGGCUAAGGUUUCAAGAUCUAAGACGUCAUUUGAGCUAGUCUUAUUAAAAACGAAAAUUUGGCAGAGUCGAUUUCCAGUUUUUGGUGUAUUGUAUUCAUUUUUCUGGUACGAGAUCGCGACAGUUUGGGCUUUUUGAUUCUAUUCAGAUAGUUUGUAGCGUAUAGUUAGUUUGUAGGUAUGCGUGACGGGACCUUUAUUUUACGUACCCAUUUGAGUGUUAAUGUAAUGAUUGUAGAGUUAAAACCGAACUGGAAGUAUAUUAAAACAUGCAUUUUCAAUA